UCCAAAAAUAAGCCCCUAAAAAAUAACUCACAGCAAACCCUGGAGACGAAGCUCCUUCGAAAUGGAUGAAUACAGGAAGCUUAUUCAAGAAGCAUUUGGAGAGUCGUCGGAAGAUAGCGACGACGACGAUCAUCGACAACAGCUGGAAGGCUCGAACAUUGCGGUUGAAGCUCAAUUUAUAUUUGGGGAGAACCCUAAAUGGGAGCGAAUCAGUGAAAUCAAGGGGCUAAGCUUAUGUAGAGAUUUUUUAACUUCUGAUCAACAAUCAACUUUGCUAGCAUCAAUCCUACAAGAAGGAUGGUUCAGUGAGGCUUCUCACAAUCAGGCUAUGAGGUUUGGUGAUCUUCCAGCAUGGGCGAAGGAGCUUUCAACAGAGCUACUGAAGAGGGAGCCUCUCUUUAAUCAACUCAUUGUUAACUCAUACCAGCCAGGUGAGGGAAUUUGUGCACAUGUGGACCUGAUGCGGUUUGAAGAUGGGAUAGCCCUAGUUUCCCUAGAAUCAUCCUGUGUGAUGCAUUUCAGCCGUGUACAUGAAUCUACAAAUGAAAACAAGAUCCCUGUAUACUUGACACCUGGCUCUUUACUGUUGAUAUCAGGUGAAGCCAGAUACGAAUGGAAACAUGAAAUCAACCGCAAACCUGGUUUCCAGAAAUGGGAUGGCCUAGAAAUUCGUCAGAAAAAAAGAACCUCCAUUACAUUGAGAAAGCUUUGCAAGAGUGACUAGUACUUAACUGCAUUCCCAGGCUGUAUACUCUCUUCAAAGGAUAUGAAAUAAUGUAAUAUAGACUUGACACACAAAAAUCUAUAUUUCGCAUAUAGGCAAUUUCAUUUGGGCUCUUAUUUCUUCUUCUUUUUAUUGAGUAGAGCAAUAGAAUAUCAGGCU